AAGUCUGCACCCCCCCCACCCCACACUUUUCUCACCAGCUCCAUGGUUACAAACCCCUCCCUCCCUUUCGCUUUCAAACCCCCAGCCUCCACCUUCCUGAGCUUGCCUGCCUACUUUUGAUUGCAAGCUCUCAAAAGAGCAGUUUGGAGAGGUUUGGUCAGAACUGAAACUUCGAAGAAAGAAGGAAGCUGCAGUUCUCCCACCAUGUCUCAGCUGGUGCGUGGCCUCUUUUUGUGAUCCCGUCCCAGGAUGCAAGCCCAGCCGAAGCAGCAGCGUUGGGAAGGAGAGGAGGAGGAAGAAGAGGAAGAAGAAGAAGAAGAAGAGGAAGGAAGAAGAGGAAGAGGAGGAGGAAGCAACCACAGUGCAUCCGAGGGUCCUUUUGGAAAAAGCCCCUUUCAUCUCACGGCCGAAGAUGUCUAUGACAUCUCUUACAUCCUGGGAAGGGAGCUGCACACCCUCAGCACCGAACCCCAGGAGGAGAUCCCCGCUCGGGUGGCCCGCUUGCAGUUCAAGGUGGUCAGUAUUUUGGAAAUGUUGGAAGCCCUGGUGAGCGAGAACCACCUGGCCGUGGAAGCCCUCAAACUGGAAAGAGAUAGCGUGAAAAGGGAACUGGAGGAUCUCCGGCAGCGGGUGACAUCUGGCAGCGCCGGAGAGGUAAACCCGGGUCCCAACAAAAUGAUCGUGGACCUCACGGACGUCAACCGGCCCCGUUUUACGCUGCAGGAGCUCAAAGACGUCCUCCAGGAGCGCAACCACCUAAAAGCCCAGCUUCUCUUCACGCAGGAAGAGUUGGAAUGCUAUAAGAGUGGUUAUAUUUCUCAGAAGCCGGAAAAGGAGAGCCCCACACAAAGAGAACCGCCCGUGGGCACACCCUCUCGCUCCACUCGACUUAAAGAGAAAAGUACAAUCAAGCAAUGGUUUGCCUUUAAAAAGUUACGAUGAACUAUUUCCACGCUGGGACGUCACAACCUGGAAAAGUCAAAUUUUGAAAAAGCAGCGGUUGCCUUACCUGAAGACUGUUUAGUGAUCGGUUGCAGCUGGUGGAGGCUUCAACCUCUAUAGUUUUAUCCCAGUUGGUUAUCUUCUUCCAUUUUCUCGUUAAAAGCUUUUCCAACCCGCUGACUUCCAAAUCUACGGGACUUUUAAGGCGGGUUAUUUUAAUCAUGCCUUUACCACGGUAAAAGUUUUACUGGAAACGUUUUUUUAGGUCUGCAGCCAGCAGAAUAAAGUUACGCACGUCGG